AAUCUCCGGUUCGAUUCAGUUCCAAAGCUUUGGCCAUCAGCGCGUCUCGCACAGAGAGAGAUACAGAGAGAGAGAGAGAGAUGGCUUCCUCAGGGAACGCCCCUCACUUCCACGCCUCAGUCAGCGCCGUCAGUUCCAACAAGAGCCUCGUCUUCUGCCUGCAGAGCCCCUCGCUUCGGUUUCGACCCUUCAACAAAGCCUCUCCUCUUGUCCCUCCUAUUGCUUCCAAGUUGAAUGCAUGGAAAUCAGAAGUACAAAGUAUCUCAAACAAGAUCUACAGCAGCCUAGUGGGACUCGAAAGUGAAAAUGAUGAGGCGUGUGAGUUGGUCAAUGGGACAGAACUGUCGAUAGGGGAGGGUGACGAUACCAUCCGCGCGUACCUUUUCAAGGCAGUGAAGAACAACAAUGAUACUGGGAUACUGCUCUUGUCUGAUAUAUAUGGAUUUGAAGAUUCCUCCACGAGGGAGUUUGCGUAUCGAGUUGCUUGUAAUGGUUACAAUGUUCUGGCUCCAGACUUAUUUCGUGGAGAUCCAUGGACAAAAGACAGGCCAAAGGACCUCUUUGAGCAAUGGUAUGCUAAACAACAACCAGAUAGGGUCGCCAAGGACAUCAAAACGGCGAAAGAUUGGCUGGUUGGUGAACUUCUAUCCGCAGGGAUCUCCAAGAAGCUUGGUGUUAUCGGAUUCUGUUUUGGCGGUGGUCGAGUAAUAGACGUUCUGGCCAAAGACCAGUCCAACAAUUUUGGUGCUGGAGUCUCCUUCUACGGUACAAGGAUCCACAGAUCUGUGGCUUGCGACAUAAAUGUGCCGGUCUUGUUUAUUUCAGGGGAUAAGGAUCCACUUUGUCCAGUGAACUUGUUAAGGGAUCUUGAGAAAAGUAUUGGUAGAGGAUCAAGGGUAGUGAUUUUCGAAGGAAGAGGUCAUGGAUUUGCACACCGGCCCAAUUCUCCGGACGAAGACGAAGGUGCCGAACAGGCAUUUCUUGUCAUGAGGAGCUGGUUGCAUGAUGAGUUAGUCGCGGGAAACUUAUCUUAGGAGUGUGUGUAGAUUUCUUCUUGCUUCCUUGUUUGCUCGUUAUUGUGGUAGACAAUCUGAGGUUGAUAGGAUGAUAUGCAGCGACCGACCCAGGGGGUUGGCAAGGGCCAUCAAUCCCCUCCGCCCCUCGGUGCUCAAUGUAACAUUCAGGAUGGAUCAAUCUAUGAAAUUCCUCAUGUAGAUUUACUCUC